CAGGAGCGGCGGCAGCGGAGCUUCACUGCCUCUCCCUCGCCUCCUCCUCUCCCUCCUCCUCCUCCUCACCCUCCUCCUCCUCACAGUGCGGGAACACACAGCAGCGGAGAGCGGCAUGGACACGGAAGGGAGCCAGAGCAGCCUGUCCUCCGGCACGGACAACUCCCCUCACGACCCCUGCAAAAUGUUCAUCGGAGGUCUGAGUUGGCAGACGACGCAAGAGGGCUUGAAGGAGUACUUUUGUAAAUUUGGCGAGGUGAAGGAGUGCAUGGUGAUGCGGGAUCCCGUUACCAAGCGGUCGAGGGGUUUCGGCUUUGUAACGUACGCGGAACAAGCUGGUGUGGAAAAGGUUUUGGCACAAAACAGACACGAGCUGGAUUCCAAAACGAUUGACCCAAAAGUGGCGUUUCCCCGGCGGGCUCAGCCGAAGCUGGUGACCAGGACAAAGAAGAUCUUUGUUGGAGGACUGUCAGUCAAUACCACUAUCGAAGAUGUGAAGCAAUACUUCGACCAGUUUGGGAAGGUCGAUGAUGCCAUGCUCAUGUUUGACAAAACAACCAACAGACACAGAGGCUUUGGAUUUGUCACCUUUGAAAAUGAAGACGUGGUGGAGAAAGUGUGCGAGAUCCAUUUCCAUGAGAUCAACAACAAAAUGGUUGAGUGUAAGAAAGCUCAGCCAAAGGAAGUGAUGACGCCAACAGGCUCAGCCAGAGGACGUUCCAGGGUGAUGCCGUACGGCAUGGAUGCAUUCAUGCUGGGCAUUGGCAUGCUGGGCUAUCCUGGUUUCCAGACUGCUACCUACACCAGCCGCAGUUACUCUGGAAUUGCACCCGGUUACACUUACCAGUUCCCAGAAUUCCACUUAGAGAGGACCCCUCUCCUGACAUCAUCCCACCCCCCUGAGCUGACAGCCAUCCCCCUGACUGCAUAUGGACCAAUGGCAGCAGCAGCAGCAGUGGUCAGAGGCUCCACCCCUUCACGCACAGCUGGCUUCCUGGGCACCAGCAGUCCUGGACCAAUGGCUGACCUAUAUGCUGCAGCCAAUCAGGACUCAGGAGUCAGCAGCUACAUCAGUGCUGCUAGCCCCGCCCCCAGCACAGGUUUUGGCCACAGCCUAGGGGGUCCUCUGAUUGCUACUGCCUUCACUAACGGCUACCACUGAGACCGCUCAGGCCACCUAACAACGGCGGUACUGUACUCCACCAGCGAGCCAGUCAAAAUGCUGGCUGCACACUGAUGACGCAGCCGGAUUGGCUGCCGCAGGUUCUACUGGGGUCUUGGGUCACUGUGGUUCCACCCACCGACUGAAUAUCUUUUUAAACCCUGAACUCUUUUGCUGUACUAAUCUCACUUCAACAAAAAUGUCCCUGUUUGUGGUCUCUCCUCUUUUAUUCUCAUAACUUAGACUCCCUUUUUUUUUUAAAGCUGAGAAAAAAAUUCUCUGAGGAAGCGUUUUGUUAUUGUAGUAUGACAACAACCAUGGACAAUUUGGAUUUAUUUUUUUAAUGAUUUUAUUUCUAUGUGCUAUGUUGUUUUGUUAUGAAAUCCUUGAAAGCUGUUACAAAUGUCUGAGAUAAAAUGCUGUGCAAACUGGCUCUGAGCAGGGCCCACUUGUUUUUAACAAAGGAUGAACAAAUCCAACAGCACGCAAAGUUCUUUUUUAACUCGUCACAGAAACAUGAAAGAAAAAACAAACUAAAAUGUAUAUUUUGGUAGUCUUUAAAAAACAAACCUUUGUAAUAUUGUUAUUAAUAUUAUAAUGAUAAUGUGUAAGGUAUUUUAUGCUGUCAUUGGUUUUAAAACAAUGUUUUUAUGUCUUCCUGUAAGAUAUUGUACAUAGGAGUGUCGGGUGGGCGGAGGGAUUCCUGAACCGACUGGCAUGUUUUGGGUUGGUUUGGGAUGGGUUAACAGACUGGAUGUCAUCAACUACUAUGUGUGUGUGUGCACUCAUGUCACUGCUUUCAGGGCACGCGUGGUGCAUGUGCAGGGCCGGCUGCUGCCCUCUGCAGGAGUUUUGUCCUGCAUAUUUGUUGGGUUAAAAAACGUUUUGUGUACAAAGUCAUCACUUUGUUUGCUUGCUUCUGGAAAAAGCAGCUAUAAUUUUGUGUCAUUUGAACAUUUCGAUGAGCCUGAUUUUUUUUUUUUUUUUUUUUUUUUUUUUCCACGAGCGUUUUAGAAUUAAGAUGAUUGAGUGAAGAACUGCAAGAAGAAAUCAAAGGAUCAUGGGGUUGGGGGUGAUUUAACUUCUUGUUGUUGGGAAAUACAUAUAUUUUGUGCGAUUCACUUUCUUUUUUCUUUUUCUUUUUUUUUCUUUUUUUUUUUGGUAUUCUCUUCUGCUGUGUUGUUAGCCGUGAAAUCAAAUGAAGGACAUUCUCAGAGAAACAAUUGUAGAAAAUGUCACGGCCACGUUCUGUCCUCUUGUCACUAUUGAAGGUGCACAUGAUUGCGUCUGAGUGUGUGAGUGAGUGUUUGUACGCAUACAUCAAAGUGUAACAUGGAACUACUUUGGCAGCGAAGGAGCACUUCGAUUGCUUUGUUUUUGGUACUGAAAAAGUUUCUCCCUGUUCCAUUUUGGUUCAGCUGGCCUGCUCAAAUGCCUCACAACAGUUUCAUGUUCAGUUGUCAUAAAUGUUUGGUCCUCAAGCACCGAAACAUCAUCCGUCAUACAAAGUUGCUGCUCGGUGUAUUUAUGAACAGAGGCAGGCGACCAGAAAUGGAACAGGGUCUGCUCCUGGUCAGCUCUGGCACAGGCUGGAAGGAAAAGAACAAAUUGAACAUUUGUAAAAAUGAGUUUGAUCAGCAUCUGUGCUGAUGUUCAGCACUGUAAGAAAACCUCAUGAUCCAGCCUGUAGAUCAGUCAGGCUGCCUGGGAUGCAAAAAUAAAACUACUGCUGGACACCAACACUGUAACUUUUUAACUUACAAUAAAGCAAUAAGUUAUUUUUUACCUUACAAAUGAAAAUAGUACUAUUAUUGGUAAUAGCAGACGAUGUGUGGAUAAUUCUGCAGCAUUAAAACUUAUUUUCAGAAAAAGAAACUAUAUUUUUCUGUUUUGAGAUCUUACUCCCCUUGUAUGUUGAUUUUAAUGAUGUUUUUUGUUGUUGUGAUGAUGUAUGAAGAAGGGCCAAUGCUUUGAAUGAAGCUUGUAGCUCUAAAUGAGCUCACUUGAACCAGACUGAUUUGAGCUGCCCCCCCACAAAGCUUUACAGCAGUGAUUUUCUUUUUUUUUUUCCUUGUUUUUUCCUGAUAAUUUCAAUUUAAAAUCCUAAUAAAUUAUUCUGAAGCA